CACAGAAUAGGACGUCAUGUCUGAGGUCGCUCGUGAGGCGUUAUGAUGGAGGGUCGCCAUUUUUUUACUUGACUUUGUAGGUUGUUUUCGGCUAAAAUGUGAGCUUUUUCUCCGUAAUUUUUUGCAUGGAGAUUUUCACAUUGUUGGCCCACAUCAUGUUUUCAUUGCAACAUCUCUAGUUGAUUCAUGGCCGAGGGAGUCGACAAUGAUAUGAGCGAACAUCAACGCGGACAUGGCGCUCCGCAUGGUAAGGAGGCGGUUCGCUCUUCAGAAGUAGAGGUUGCCAUUUCGUCUUCAAACUCUCAAACUAGAGUUCCAACUCGGCCUCCAUCAGUGGGAAAUUCUACGGGACCAAAUCCUGCUCACAAGAAAAAGAGUUCUUUUCAAAUUACCAGUGUCACCGAAAGCAAAAUUCCCAGCCGUGGCGAUAGUAAUGGAUACGAUGGCGAACUAGAUUUGAACGAAAGCGAUUUAGUGGAUGAAGUCGAAGUAGAGCUUGAUCCUUUUGUAGAUCCUGGAACUGCAAAUGGGAAUGGUGGAUCUAGGUUCAAAGUAGUCAAAAUUCAAAGAAAUGAAUCUUUUGUACGCGGUAGAUGGAAAUGUCAUGAUUAUCCUGAUGCGGAAUCUGCCCAGAAUUCUUCGGGUAGUGUUUCUGCAGCGAGUUCUACUAAUAUUUCUACCCAUGUGUCGAAAGACAGCACGGACAAAACAGAAUCUUUUUCAAGUACAAAGAUUAACAUUACAAGCAAUUCUGUUGGAAAUCACCCUACUAGUGAAACGGACUCGCAUUUGUUAGAUUCUCAAACUCAUGGCUCUGUUGUGAAAUUUACCACGCAAGUAAAUGAACAAAAUUCCAGUUCGAGUGAAGCGGUUGUGGCAGUCAAAAAGAAGGAUUCAGAACCGAGAUUAGGGGCUCCUAACGAAUUUGCAAAACACAGUGAUCCUUCAAUAGCCAGAGUUUCAUCGUCAGCUUUGGAUACUUCAGACAGAGCAUCGCCAUCGAUUGAAGGAGCGCAGCCGAUCGCUGUCGCCGCCGCAAGUGUGGCAGACACUGAGGCUGAGUUACCCAUUGUCAAUAAAAUUGCCUCAGCAAUGGAACAAAUUACUCAGAUCAAGUCAGACCUCUUAAGUGUGGUGAAUAAAGAAGUGCAGACAUUAAAAGAAACAAUUUCUAAACUUACUGAGGAGAAUCAAGAACUUAAGCUAGAAAAUGAAAAAUUACGGAACUUGUAUGUAAACAGGAAAACAUCUACGUGACAAUAGACUCCACCUGAGACCUGCUCUUUGGACAACACCAGACUUGAUAGUUAUGAGGCUGAAUUACCAUUUUGUAGCAUCAUGUUCUCUGACUGACUCCUGGAGAUAUAUGUGGUAUAGAUUGUACCAAGAUGUUUAUUUAAGCAGUGUGCUUUUCCAAGUUGAGUUUAAGCUGAUGCAAGAUUCCUCCAGAAUUGGAUUGCCAUACAUCAUGUCAAUAUGUCUGGACUGUUCAACUCCAGACUUGACAUAGAAUGCUGGAACUUUGAUCAUCAAAAGCCAAGUGAAUCACAGAAAUGCUAGCAAUUUACAAAACAGUGUUUACUACAUUGAGGAAGUUUUGGUUUCUUGAGGUCAGGUCUGACUACCUCUGAAGAGUGAGUAACCCUUACAAAGGCUCUUCUUGGGGAAAAUUAUCUUUCAACUGAACUAACAGCAAAGAAGAAAGAGUUGCCUGUCCAUUCAUUACUGCCUUAGUUUUGUAAAAGCUUGUAUGUUACAGACUGAGAAAUUCAGUAAUAAUUAUUGAAACAGUAAUUAUUAGGAGUAACAGGUUUGAGAGCUGCACAUCAUCUGCAGCAUUAAGAAUUCUUGGUCAUAAUACUUUUGGAAAAAAAUUUUUCUUUGUCUAUGAACACUUUGUGGAGUGUGAUAGUAAUGAAAGUGGUGUGGAAAGAAUAAAAUAUACCACAAGGAAAAAGCCUCCUGCUAAGUAACAAAACUGAAAUUGGUAAUUAGUCUGAGUGUGCUUUGAACAGGAAGAAGUUUAGUUUCAAAGAUCAUUGCUUUCUCAGCAAGAAUGUUGAUGUUACAAACACUUAGCUACUUUGACACUCAGAAAAUGGUGAACACUGGAAAUAUUUUUGAUUGUAUUUGUGUGGCAGAGAGCAAGCCAAAUUUUGGAAUGUAAGAAAAUUUAGUUGAUGCUAAAUAGUGUUUUUGUGGAAUUCUGGUGUGUCCUGAUCUCCAUUAUGACAGACUUAACACAAUAUAUAUUCCAGAAAUUUAUCAGGUGUUCAUAGUUUUCUGAGUGUAACAGUUAGAUUUGAAUUUCUUUUGGACAGAUUCUUCACAAGAUUUUUAAGUCAAUGGUGGACUCAAGGCAAUGCACUAUCAACAAAACUGAUAUUAUCUCGCAGAGUUUUUUUCAAUACAACAUUAAUUAAAGAAGAUGCAUUGAAAUUGAUCCUGGAUAUGUUUAAUUUGUUCAAGUUAUUAAAGGCUGCUAUGGCUAUGAAUGAACAUUGUGACAUCCACAGCCAUGAGCUCAUUGGAGUAACAGUGGUACAGAGUUCUACAAUGGUUGUGAUAACCUUAUAAACAUAGAUUUAUUUUUCUCUGUAAAAUAGAAAUUGAAAGUAUUGUCCCCGGAAAAAGCUACAUUAUUUUGAGACAAGCUGAUUUACACAGAUUAAGAAGUUACAGCUACUCUAGUAACAAAUUUGUAUUUAUUCUAAUUGGAAAAUGGUAAAGCUGUUGAAUUUACUUCUUAGGUAAGCUUCACCUUUUUGCUUCUCAAGUUUUCCUUUGAUGUCUGUUGAGAGCAAUUUCUUUGUUCUCUAGUCAAAGCAUUUUCAUAUCUCUCUGGAGUCCUUGAUACUACCAAUACCACAAACAGUAACAAUAAAAACAAUCUUGACAUUGAUGUUUCAAA